AUGACUCGUGUCAAGUGCUCAAAACUGCGAGGAAAAAAGCCCGAUGAACUCCAAAAACAAUUGGAAGAAUUACGUCAGGAACUUAAUACACUUCGUGUGGGCAAAGUAACCGGCAGCGGUGGUGCACAAAAAUUGGGCAAAAUUCGCAAUGUACGAAAAUCCAUCGCACGUGUCCUCAUUGUUAUGCAUCAAACAACAAAAGACAAUUUACGUGCUUUAUAUCAUGGUAAAAAAUAUAAACCCAAAGAUUUACGCAAACGUAAAACACGAGCUAUUCGACGUUUAUUAACACCAAAGGAAAAGUCAAUUCGAUUGAAAAAAGUUCAACGACGACAAUGGGCUUUUCCUCAGCGUACUUUUGCUGUCAAGGCUUGA